AUGGAUGGCGGCAAAGAUCCGGACAUUGACCAGAGGAUUUCAACUAGCCUCGUUUUGGGAGAUACACUGCAGGACAUGAACAACAAAUGCGGCGUUCCUGGAUCGGAUUUUCACCCAGAUGUCCAGUCUUCGAUCAUGCCUGGAGAUGAAGAUGAUUUUAUGCUCAGGCUAACUCAUGGGAUCGAGCAGAUGAUGUUUGUGAGCGGUGAAACGGCCGAACCAAGUGUGGAGACGACAUGGAUGAUUGAAGAAAUUGUGCGCGAACAGGUUCUGGAAAUGCUCACUCAAGCCACUGCCCUCGCACACCGUCGAGGUUCCAAAUCCAUCUCAAUCGUCGAUCUCAUCUUUCAGAUCCGUCAUGACAGAGCCAAAGUCUCUAGGCUCAAAACAUUCCUUUCGUGGAAGGAUGUGCGCAAGAAUGUCAAAGAUUCGGACGACAAAGGCGGAGGUGAUGCUGGUGACGUGGGUGAUUUUGACGAGGCAUCAGGAGGAGUCAAUCCAUCGGCCCCUCAAAAAUCAAGUGCGAACAAGAAGGCCAAGUUAGUCCUGCCCUGGGAGGUCCAGUCUUUCUACGCAGAACUAGUACCCGAAAGAGACGACGAAGAAGACGAGGAGGAGGAAGAACAAAAUGAAGCCACACUCGCCCGUCUCGCUUCUGCCGAUGAGCGCACCAAAAAUAUGACCAAGGAUGAAUACGUGUACUGGUCCGACUGUCGACAAGCAAGUUUUACGUUCCGCAAAGGAAAAAGAUUCCGAGAAUGGGCUGGAUUUGGCACCAUCGUCGACAGCAAGCCAAAUGACGAUGUCGUCGAUAUUCUUGGCUUUUUGACGUUCGAGAUCGUGCAGACCCUGACUGAAGAGGCGUUGAAAGUCAAAGCUCUGGAGGACUUGGCUAAUAAAAAGGCAAAUGGAGGUCGAGGUGAUCAGGAAGCGCUGAAGAAGAGAAAGAGAGAGGGGUGCAGUUUGUUCGAGAUGCCCGAGGAGGGAAGAACGCCUGUUGAGCCCAAACAUGUUAGAGAGGCGUUCAGGAGACUGCAAACAGUGCCUAAUCGAUACAAGUUCAUGAGGCAAGGGUUGGCAGGAAUGAGGACCCCAUUGAGGUUGAUAUGA